AAGGCACACGGCACCUGUCAGUGCAGCGGACAGCGGCGGAGUGACAUGUCCCAUAGGAUGGAGUUUGGGGAGGUGCUGGUGGGAGAAGGCAGCGCUGAAGCCAUCCCUGCCAGCCCCAGGUCCAGAUGGUCCCCCCGCAGACCGCAGUGCCGCCUCAGUCCACAGGAGGAGCUCAUGGGCAAAGCCAAAGAGCUGUUUGAACUGUGCGACAAGGAGGGCAAAGGCUUCAUCACCAAACGGGACAUGCAGAGACUUGAAGGUGAGGUCCCUCUCUCCCCUGAGCAGCUGGAGACAGUGUUUGAGAGUCUAGAUCGUCAGGGCAAUGGUUUCCUCACCCCACUGGAGUUCAACACAGGACUGGGAGAGCUGAUGUCUUUGCAAGAGACGGUAGAGGACCAGCCAGAGCAGGAGGACUGUGACGGGCACACAGUCAGCUCCCAUGAUGCCGCAGCGCUGCGAUUCGCCAACACACUGUCUGAGCUGGGCGGGGACAGACUGUUCAGGAGUCAUGCGGAGCUGUGCAGUCUGUGGUGUGAGCUGGAGAAGGACAGUCCAGCUCUGUUGGCUCUGCUGGAGGAGGUCCUGGCCCAGGCCUUGUCAGACCUGCAGGACUCCAUCAGGGAGAAGGACAGUCUGGAACAGGCUCUGCACAGACGAGAAGCUGAACAUGAUCAGAUGAUUCGCUCUUUAUAUGAAGAAAUGGAGAACCAAAUAAAAGAAGAGAGAGACAAACAAGCAGCAGAGGACAGUGUUAAACAGAAGCAGAGAAACCAACAACUUGAGCAGCAGUUGAAGAUACGGACGCAGGAGCUGGAGCUUUCCCUGAGCAAAAAUAAAGAGAUGGAGAACCGUAUGAGGCAGAUGAGCCACGAUCAGAGCAAAGUCAAGGAGCAGAAUCAGCAGCUCCACAAAGCCACCGCACAGCUUCAGGAACAACUAGAGAACAGCCAGCAGCAUCUGCAGACGGCACUGAACCAGCUCAGCCUCCUGCAGGACAUGGCCGACCAGGAAGCUCAGACCAAACACAGAAAUGUGUUGAAAGUCUCCAGGAACAUGCAGAAAGAAAAGGACAGUUUGAUGAGACAGUUGGAGCUGCUCAGGGACAUGAACAAACGACUGCGUGAUGAGAAGGACGCCCGGCUGGAGACUCAGAGGAGGGUCAUUCACAGACGUCCCAUGACUCAGUACCUGUACCCCCCAUAACAGAACGCUUCACUGUUACCUAUGUUUGUGCUGCUCUGUUCAAGUUUGGUUAUUAAUUUAUCAAAAGGACGCUGACGCUCAUGUUGAUGUCAGCAAGUACUUGUUUUCAAUGAAGGGUCAGUAGAAGAAAAGUACAGUAUUAUAUCUGUAUAUCAAUGUGUCAUGUUUUGAACUGUUGUUUAUGGCCUUUAAGUGAGAGUUAGACUAAUAAAAGUCUGAAUUUCUGCAUGAUUUAUUAAAAAAAAGUAUUUGCACAGUAUAUUGAAGGUCUGUUUGUUUUACAAACAUUCAGCGUGUACAACCCAUGUGUACAAUUAUAAAUUGCCUUGUUCUAUAAAUUCAUCUACUUUAUACUUUUAAUGUUAUUUAUACCAUUUAACAGCCAUGAUGCUUAUUUUUGUUAACACCACCAAAUGGAUCAAAAUGAUAAAAAACAUGUGACUAUGUUGAGUCGUGACAAUGCUUUAACAGGGUGCAUUAUGUUCAAUGUUUUUUGUUCUAUAAAGUUUAUGUUUUCAAUGCUGCUAAGAAUGUGAAGAUUAUUCAGUUUGUGAUU